CUGGUUGGAAAGCUUCCCAUUUGAUCUCCUCACUGCUUCGUUCUUGCCUCUGAUCUCUCUCCUGUUGUCAGUGUAGAAGGUGCAAAGCUCCCUUCAGCUAGUAUGUGGUGGUGGCUGCUUGGUCUACUGAGCUGCGUGCUGCUGGCGGUGAUUGUCAUUUUCUUUUUGAUAGUGGGGCAACGCUACAAGUUAUUUAGUGAGUCGUGCCUGAGACCACCCGGACCCCUUGUCGCUGACAGCAAACUGAGGGAUGCCAGGCUGAAGAGAGGAUUUCGUGUGGACCGUGUUCCUGCUGAUCUGGACGCAGUGGUGAUUGGCAGUGGCAUAGGAGGUUUGACAGCAGCAGCACUUUUGUCCAAAGCUGGGAAGAAGGUUGUAGUUCUGGAACAGCAUGACCAAGCAGGAGGGUGCACACACACCUUCCAAAAUAAAGGAUUUGAGUUUGAUGUGGGUAUCCAUUACCUGGGUCAGCUUCAUGAGAACAGCUUGUUGAAGGUUGCUUUGGAUCAGAUCACAGAGGGACAGCUGCAGUUUGCAAGGCUGGAGCAGCACUUUGAUACAGUGAUCCUAGGUCAGCAUGACCAGUGCAGGGAGUACCAUGUCCAUGCAGGGAAGACUGAAAUGGCAGUCAGCCUGAAGAAUCAGUUUCCAGGAGAAGAAGAAGCCAUCGAUGAAUUAAUGAGACUGAUGAAGCUUGGUUCACAGAGGGCGCCACUUAUUGCCAUGUUGAAGAUCGUUCCGUACUGGUUGGUUAACUUUCUCAUUCGGACUGGCCUAUUACAUUGGAUAUCUUCAGUGUUUCGUCUUGCAACAACCAGCCAUUCAGAAUUAAUAUCCCGCCUCACACAGAGCAAGGAUUUGCAGGCACUUUCUGCAUACCUGUUCUAUGGCGUCCCUCCUAAAGACUCCAGCUUUCUCAUUAAUGCCCUCCUCCUUCACCACUACAAGCGUGGUGCAUACUAUCCACGUGGGGGCGCAAGUGAAUUUGCCUUUCACAUCAUCCCAGUCAUUCAGCAAGCAGGUGGUGCAGUCCUAGUCAGGGCUCCAGUGCAACGCAUCCUCCUCAACGAACAGGGGAAGGCGUAUGGUGUGGUGGUUCUUAAAGGACAGGAAGAGAUAGAGGUUCUUGCCCCUGUUGUAGUUUCAAAUGCUGGAAUCUUCAACACCUUCCAGAAGUUUCUACCUCACAAUAUACAGGAAAAACCAGAGAUCCAGUCAUUGUUGAGUAUGGUACAUCAUGGUAUGGGUUCCUUCUUGGUCUUUGUUGGUCUGGAUGGAACUAAAGAGGAGCUAGGGAUCGUUUCCAAUAACUUCUGGAUGUAUAAAGACAAUGACUUGGACUCACUCAUGGAACAGUAUUCAUCUCUAAGCAGAGAGCAGGUUUUGGGAAACAUUCCCAUGAUGUUUAUCACUUUUCCAUCUGCUAAAGAUCCCACAGCCAGUAUCAGACAUCCAGGUAAGUCCUGUAUGACUUUGUUAACCAUGGCACGCUAUGAAUGGUUUGAGGAAUGGGAGGGGACCAAGCUUGGGAAACGGGGACAGGACUACGUGGAUCUGAAGAACAGUAUGGCCCAAGAGCUGCUGGAAUGGGCACUAACCAUCUUCCCUCAUCUGCGAGACAAGGUAGUAAUGGUAGAUGCUGCAACCCCUCUAACAAAUGUCCACUAUUUGGGUGCUCCAAGAGGUGAGAUGUAUGGAGCUGAACACAACUUGGAGCGCUUCAAACCAGAAGCGAUUGCUAAGACACGACCACAGACUCCCAUCAGUGGUCUCUAUUUAACAGGUCAGGACGUAUUUUGCAAUGGCAUGGCUGGAGCUCUUCACGGUGGACUGCUUUGUGCGUCAGCUGUCCUCAAUCAGAUCCUCUACAUUGACCUUCUAGCCCUGAAGACCCGCCUCAAACGCAAUCAGAGCAGUUACAAAUUAACCUGGUAGCUGUGGUGGAGUCUGUGUUCUUCUCGAGUACAUAAAAUGUCACGUCUCUGAGAUAAGAUUUAAUGCUUUUUAUGAUAUAUAUCUUUGGAUGGUUUCCAGUCAUGCUGUAAGGUUAGCUGAAUUAAAAAAAAUACAAAUGUGUGAGUGAUGAAUACAAAUCUUCACUUCCACCACCAUAACUGUUUCUGCUGUAGCUGCUCUUAGAUUCUUUAAAAGUGAUAAAGAUAUUUUAAACCUGCUGCCAAAUGUCACCGUUAUUCACUUUUCAUUGAGCUUUCAUUUAAAGAAACACCUCACCAGUUGCAUGUAAGGUGCCUGCAAUAAACCAUUACUGUGAAACUUGUAAUAAACAAUUCACUUAUUAA